AGUGCAGGGAUUUUUUGCGGAAAAAUUAUUUUAAAUAUAUUUUCAAUGAACUUAGAUUAUGUUAACUGACCAUCGCUGCCGAAUUUCAUUAAAAUGAUUCCUAGAUAAGUGUAUGGAAUGCGCUAUAUAAGUGUAUGCUUUAAAAGGAUAAGAAAAACAGGUGUGCCGAUAUAAUAAUAGCACAUAGACUUUUAAAAUGUAAAUCUCUUUCAUUUUACAUAUAAAACAAGAAAUGUGCCGUGUAAUUUCAAUAUGUUGCAAAGCAUAUACUUUGGAGGCGUUUGAUUAUAAAUGUUGAUGUUGAGUGUGACCCACUUAUGUACGUAUAGGUGGGCUGACCUCCGAAUGCGGACUUUGUGAAAUGUUAUUUUUAGCAGCUUUGCAGAUUAUUAAAUAUUUAUAAACUUACUUCGCAAUGCACAUUUGGAGAUGGAUAAUUGCAGAUAAACAUCUUCUGAUCUGCGUAUAUUAAAAGUAGAUCUAAAACUAAUGUAGUUCAAGAAAUCAGACAGUGAGCCAAUCUUCCUAAAAGGGAUCAAUUUACCAUAGAUAAAGAAAACAGUGAAUUUACAAUGUCAAUACAUUUUGGCAACGCUAAAUAAAUUCAUUAGAAUUUGUUAAUAGAUUUUGCAUUAUGGUCACUUAGAUACAGUCUGUAGAAUAUAGAAAGUUUGUUGUGGGCCUUAUGGCCUAAGGCCGCGUUCACACGGCAGUGAUGAAGAAGCAAAAUGUACGCACGCUAUCUUUAAUUGUGUGUACAUUUACUUAUUUACUUGUUGGUGCCGCUGUCUUUGAUGCACUUGAAUCUACCACAGAGAGAAAUCGGUUUGAAGUUUUACAAGCCAUAGAAGGCAUGAUAAUACGCAAAUACAAUAUAUCAGAAGAGGACUUCCGUGUCAUGGAGACUGUUGUUCUGAAGUCAGAGCCACAUAAGGCUGGGCAGCAGUGGAAAUUCACAGGAGCUUUCUACUAUGCAACUACAGUGUUGACUACUAUUGGCUAUGGACAUUCAACGCCUUCAACGAUAGGUGGAAAGUUAUUCACGAUGUUUUACGCUAUUGUGGGUAUUCCACUUGGGCUGAUCAUGUUCCAGAGCAUCGGUGAAAGAGUCAACAGACUUAGCAGCGUUAUUAUAAAAUCGAUAAAACGAGCAAUGAACUGUCGUCAAACGCAAGCGUCAGAGGUGGAUCUCAUAUGCGUGGUCACAACUCUCUCUUCCUUAACAAUAGCAGGCGGAGCCGCGGCAUUCUCUAAGUUUGAAGGCUGGAGCUACUUCGACAGUGUGUAUUAUUGUUUCAUCACGCUUACUACCAUCGGUUUUGGUGACAUGGUCGCUCUUCAAAAGGACAACGCGCUAAACCGCAAGCCGUCCUACGUAAUGUUUGCUCUAAUUUUCAUUCUUUUCGGCUUAGCCAUUGUGGCGGCAUGUCUCAAUCUCUUAGUGCUGAGAUUUGUCACGAUGAAUACUGAGGAUGAGAAGCGGGAUCAACAGCAAGCUGAACAGGCGCAACAAGUGGCGGUUCGAUUGGAAGGUGAUGUAAUAACAGCUGAUGGUGACGUGCUCAGGGGCGUGUCUCGCGGCACACGACUUCCGGCUACGCCACGGAUGAUAAAACCUGGAGACACGUCAAUGAUGCCGCUUUAUUCGGAGGAGGAGUACGCGCCCAGCGUAUGCAGUUGUACGUGCAAUUGUUUCGGGCAUAACUCAUCGGUACCGUACCGCGAUCCACUAUCGCCGUCAAACAUGCGCCAAAUACCGCGUUAUAGAGGCAAUAUACCUCGUUAUAUCGAGAAAUCUGCAUCAAAAUACAACUCACAAACCCUUCGCCUCCACUCCGCUUCCGGGUACCUCUAUAUGAACGCUAAAAACGAAUUCACAAUCGAGCCAGAAGAUUUCCAAGAGUUGGUCGCGAGACGACGAGAACAAUUGCGUAGGGGUAUGAAAAUGUGCCAAUACAGCCCUCAAAGCUCAUACACAAAUAUGCACGGUCGAAGCAACGAUCCAUUGGUCGACGACUAUUACUCGGAGAGAAGUAAUUACGAGAAGAAGAAACUUAAGAAGAACAUUGAUAGAAAUGUUCGGCGUGAAAAUUAUUUCUACGACGAGGCGGUACUGCAUUUCGACGAUGAAUACGCGUUCGAUGGAUCGAUUAUUUUUGCUAAAAGGAGAAAAUCUAUUGAUAAGGACUUGUUAUGCGAUGCACGAUUCCAGUCGGAUAAAGUGUCGAUUGAUAGUUAUGGAUACUUUUUGAAUGACACAUAUUGCUUUGUUAAUGAUACUUUGACGUUGAGUAGGCCCGCUCAUCGGGCUAGUAUCUGAAGAUUUAUUUAUAUUUAUUUUAUUUUAAGCCUUAAAUUAUUUCCUGAUCCACUAAUAUCCGGUUAUCCUGUGUUAGUAAUUAUUUGUAACAGUUAGUAUGAAUCAGGAACCCUCUCCGGUAAAGGCCUCCACCAAGGCUUGCUAUCUUUCUCUUAUCUCGAGCUAUUUGCAUCCAUUGAGGACCCGAGAUUUUUUUAAUGUCAUCAUCCCAUCGAGCGUAAGGUCUGCCUCUACCGUUUGCCUGAUCUGAAGAUUUAGUUCUUAGUAACGUUUUAAUUAACUACAGUUUGUUAGUCAAAACUGUUGUCGUCCAGAAUUAAUUUGACUCUUAAUCAGCCUUUUUCAUUAACUGAUGAUUUUUAAACCCUAAAAUUGUAAUUUGUAUAUUUUUGUUGUGUCUAUAGAGGAAUCACAACUCGAAUUAAUGGUUUCGAAUCGUAAAUCUGACAGUGCCAAUUAAGUGAAUCUAAUUUAAGUAUCUUGCAUAGUUAAGCGAAUCUAUGUUUACGUCGAUUUAUAUGUGAAUUUUUAUUAAAUAUCCAAUAUGUAAUAUUUUUUUUAUAUUACAACUUUAAACUUCCACAAGAUGGCGCUUAAAUAAUUUUUUUGUCUAUUUUAAAAUUUCAAAAUUUGUACUCAGAACUCAAACUAUCGUGACACUUUAAUUAUUGAUCUCGGGAUUCACAUAUAAAUCGACUUAAGCAAAUUAGUUAGUAUUGAAAAUGGGCCAACUAAUUAUAAAGACUCGAUUUUCAAGUAUAGUAUUAAUUUAUUAAUUAUCUAAGUAUUCAAAAUUAAGAGCUUCGCGGUGUAGAUAUUGUAUAGAAAUGUGCUUUGCAUUUUACUUUCUACGGACAUACUAUAUUUUCCUUUAGCACCUUUACAACAUAAUAUCAGUACCGUCGACUAUACGUCAAUAUUGACACUUUCCAUACAAUUUGUAUAGGACUUAUUAUUACAGUAUUUUUUAUUCAACAAAUAGUGGGUCUAUUAAAACAAUCUAUAUAAAUUGAUAUUAAUUUAUCCCUAAUGGGAAAGGCAAAGGACUUUAGUCCAUACAGCCAGGUCUUGUUCUUCAAUCUAUAUAAACAUUACAUUACUUCAAAAUAUUGUUCUUUUUUUAAAUUUUCAAAUGUCUUGGCUCGUCUCAUUGGACAGAGUGCAGAAGUUGGAGUCGCAACUUUAUUAUUUUUAUAUUGCUACAUAUUAGGAAUUUUCUCACAGAUUAUAAUAAUUUAUAAUGAAGUUGACUUUUAUGGGGUUGCCAAAUUUAAAAAAAAACUACAUACAGUUUAUACGUUUAUUGUGUAUGGUAAACAAUAGUAUGCCCGUAGAUAUCUGACUCCCUGGUUCCUUGACCACAUUAGAUAUUACUAAGUAAGUAAGAGCACGAAAGCCUUUCGCCAGUCUCAACAAUACCUGUUAUUAAAAUCUUUCGAAACUAUACGAAAUCGGUACAAUGUUGGGAUUGGCCAAAAGGAAAUUGUUCUAGUCAUAGGGACUGAGAAUUUUGGUCAACACUAAUAUUUGUCCCUGGAAAAUCAGUUUUUUUUAAAUUUCAUAUUACAGUUUUAAAUAAUUUUUCGACUCAAGUGAGGGUAGAUUGCUUAGAGUAAGAUUCAAGCGAAGGUAAAUGUUUAUACUUCAGUAUUAUGUUUAGAGUUUUUCGCCAUCUUCAUUUAAAAGACCUAAACUUGAACAGUGAGAGAUUGAAAGUCGAUUUUAAUUUGGUUACUUAUUUGAGGAUUGUGAGUAUAUUUUCAGUUUGACUGAAUUGUUUUUAAAGGUUAAACCAUUAUACGUGGUUUAGAACUAUAUUGAGGCCCGUAUUCGAAUCUAAAACUGUCAUAACUGCAGUGAGCAUUCCUUGUUAAGUUUUAAAAGUGAUUUCUAUAUCUGACUCCAGAUAUGUUUUAUUAUAACAGUAAGCCAAAUUUCCAGUAUUAAAAUGUUAACGCUUACAAAAAGCGAUUUUUUUAAUGAUAUUAAUAUUAAGGAAUGUUGAAUUAAAUUGAAAUUUCGAUUUUUUUUAAUUAGAUGUUUUAGCGUAUUAAAAUACGCGUAAUUACUAAAUUUUUAUGGAUCCGCCAACCUGAUUUAUUAUACUUUUUAUAACUUCGGUACUGUGAUAUUUUGCUUGUAUUAUUUGUGUGUAUAAUUUUUGCUGUGAUAAAUAUGCCAAAUUGUACUUAAUAAGGUUUUUUCCAUAUCGAAGAGCAUGCACUUUUUUGUGUUAGAAGCCUUUAUUUAUUUCUUAAAUAAGAAAUUGGGCCGUUCAUGUAUUACAUAAGUACUAUUGGGGGAGGGGGUUCGAUUUUGUGACGUCAUCAGUAAUGGUUUACUUUUUUACACAUAUUACCUACACAUUGUCUAUGCUUGAAAACGAAAUGCAUUUUUGAGGAUUUCUACAAGAAAUGAAUACGUUUAUGUACUAUUAUUUUUGAGAGCUUUGCUUACUUUUGCUGACAGGUGGGGGGGGGGGGAUAAAUUGCAGUAAAUCUGGUUACGUAAAACUUGAACGGCCCCAAGGAUGUUUAAAUAAUAUUUUCAUUUAAUAUCCUGAUUGCUUCCAGAAUGGUACCAUUUGUAUCCAAUUUAAUUUGAAAUGAAAAUGGUACAUUCUUGUAUGUUUUAUUCAAAACAUUCCACUUUUUUAUUAGUAUAAGUAAUGUGCCAAAAUCAUAUUCUUAGGAUAACAAACUUAUUUAAAUUUGUUUGGGUGGGUGUACAUGCAAUAACUUGACAAAACCUUAGUGAAUUAAUUUUCCAACUCAUGUUCUUAAUUCAAAAAUAGAUAUAUGUAUAUUUUUUUUAAUUUUCAUGAGUUGGCUCUAGUCAUUAGACGUGCGGUACUUGUAAUUUAUCGCAGUAAUACUGUGUAGUAGUAUUUUUUUUAAUUAUUAUUAAUAUCACUUAAUCAUGAGUUAUUAUUUAUUCUAAUAUAGAUAGGAUAUGAAAUCUAUCAAAAUAAAAAGUUUUUUGUGUGUACCCUCACUCAUGUUAUUUUAUAAUGUCAAUGGUUAGUGAAUAGUUGCCAAUAUCAUGUGUGUUGACACAAAUUAAGAUCAAGGCGAACACUAAGAUAGGUCUGUAUAUUAAUAAAACCUUUGACUGCUAACUGAUCUAGAAAAAGUUGUAAUUUAUAACGAAUUGUAAAAUAAAUCGG